UCGGCGGCCAUUUUGUUCGUGCUGACUCACCAAAAGGUGAAAAAUGUACAAGAAUUGAUGCGCACUCCCCACGAGACUAUACAACGGUAUUGGGCAUUUCCCUGAACACAAAAUUUGGGUUUCAUGUUCCGCACCUACCACGGCGUGGAUAAUAUUUGGGAAAAUAAUCUUUUCCAGUGUUUAUUAACUUUAAACUACUAAUAAAGCUAACAUUGUGUCAUUAUAAGUUGCCGCGAAAAUUAAAAUUUAAAAGUUUGGUGUUUUAUACAGCGAAAACUUAUUUUUCAGUCCGUCAGUGAGCGCUCGCUACGCAUGGACUCAAAUCGGUGUUGGACAAUUGAGUGUGGAGUGUUUUGUGAUUAAAAACUAUUAUAGCGAUAUUGUGAACAAGUGGAUUGGCGAUCUAGUCAAAGGAGUGAAGUGAUAAGUCAAUGGUGUGCGGCGUCAGAUGCCAAUGUUUACUCGUAUUUGAUUGAAAAAAAACAAAACGCAGGGACAGGAUGUAGCCUCGGCGUGGUCCGAGGCGUACGAAUUACAUUAGGAUACCUGUAUUACCGUGAGAAGUGACCGCAGACGGAAACAUGACGGACCCCACGAUUAAGGUAAAGACGGAGAGGCCCGACGAGGCCGAGAUCAGGGAGUUGGCCGCCAAGAUGGUGGAGGCCAACAAGGCCAAGGCGCUGGCGGCGUCGGUGGCGGCGACGCGGGCCCCGCCCGGCGCGCUGGUGGGCGUCCCGCCGACCGGCGCCGGAGGACAGAUGGGCAUCCUCAACUUCCUGACGCGGAAGCCGGGCGCGGCUGGCGCCGAGCAGCGGCCCGCGCCCGACAACGACAAGAAGACACCCGCGCCCGACGAGGCCAGCUGGAAAGGACACUUUGGCUGGGACAUGCUCGGCAAAUGCCACAUCCCGUACAUAUACCGCUCCGGCGAGAAGUACGUCGCGGUGCGCAUGGUGGAGAUCAAACUGCUGAACAAGUACCUGAACUACCUGCACGCGGACAUAUACUCGUGCACGUGCAUCCGGAGCUACUACAUCACGGAGAUCGAGGCGCGGCUGCUCAACGAGAUCAACAAUAGGCAUUGUGACGGACAGUUCGGCCGCGAGCCGUUCACGCAGAAGGACUUGGUGGUGCGGCUGUCCGACGCGUACGAGUUUUACAACUUCCUGGACGUGUGCUACUACAAGCUCCUGCGGGGCACGACCAACAGUAAGGACAAGUGCGGCUUCAUCAGGAUAAAUAAGGAGUCUGUUGUGCCGUACACGGUGAGGGACAACCAGAAGUUUGUGCCCUUGUUCUACUUCGAGGGCGAGACGGAUAACCUGAAGCUGAAGGCGGACCAGCUUAAGGGUUGGGACCUGUCGUACUUAAAGUUCUGUUGUAAAGUGCAGGGCAUCAGGAACGAACUGUUUGCCAGUGAGACGUGUUCAGUGAUCAGUUUGACGGACAUCAAGAGUUACUUCCCACCCGGCACUGAGUUCGAGGAGUACUGGCCCAACAAGGUGGUGGACUCACAGCUGCUCAUAUCCGCUAAAGGUUCAGUAUCAGGCGGUGGUCAAUGGACGAGGGCGCCACCAGCGCCGCCACCGGGCGUGGUCGGCGGCGUGGGGGUCGGCUCCGGCGCCGGAGUCAGCCUCAGCACUGUGAGCAGCCAGUCCAACCGCGGGCGGCGCGCGGGUGCUCAGCGGCAUUCACCGGCAGCGGCCGCAAUGCAGAUGCCCCACACCGGCCUGUCUGCAGCCGCUGUGCAAGCCCUGGCAAAUGGAUGGAACCUGCCUGGAACGCUUACACAAGCGCAGACGCAGCAAGUGCUUAGGCUUGCGCAGGCACAAGUCGCUGCGCAGGCGCAGGCGGCGGCGCGGUACAGCACGGCCGCCAUCGCCGCCGCGGCCGCAGCGCUCCCGCAGCACCGCUCGCAGCACCAGCGCGGCGUACAGUUUCCGAACAGUGCAAUAUCAAUGGCGAUGGGUCAGCAGGCCCCACCACCUCUGGUGAGGAGCACGGCCAACACGACCACCAUGAAUGUACCCCCGCAAGUGACUGGAUCAAUGAAUGGCCACUCAACCUCUCACUCCGUGGACAGUCGCAAAAGGCUUACACCAAUACAAGACAUCAGUAUAACUGGCAACCAUACGCCGUAUAAGGUUCAAAAAGCGUUAGUGGAGAACAUGAUGGUGCCGUGCAUCAACGCGAAGCCGUACCAGUACACGGAGCUGCUGAUGACGCUGCCGGACCUGGCGAGCCACUUCUUCCCGCGCGUGUCGCUCACCACCUGCCGCGCCAUGCUCGACGCGCUCGGGCUCACGCUCUACAGGCCCAACUCAACUCAGUUGCAAGUAUUGCGCAAUUCGGGCAAGUGCAAAUCGGCGGCGGCUGGCGAGAACGGUAUGGCGCUGGUGCAGGUGCGCGACGUGAUGCAGCAUAUGCCGCAGUUCAAGUACAUGCUGCGGUCGGGGUUGCCGGACGAGCCGCCGCACGCGCCGCGCCCGGCGCACGCGCACGCGCCGCCCGCGCACGUCGCGCUCGCCGCGCACGCGCACCAGCCGCAGCCGAAGCGCGCGCGCGCCAACUGAGCCGCACACACGCCCACGCUCUGGGACCUCAACACUGCCACUAUUUAUUGACUUAUCGUUAUUGCGAGUGACAGGUGGCCGGCAUGUGGGAGACAGUGAGUGCACUUUAUGUUUGGAUGUGUGAACUUAUGCGUUGUGGUGAGAAGUGCUCGCUCAGGUCCUCGGGAUUGUGAAGUACAGCAGCAAUAACUGUCAGUGAUGUAACAAAUCAGACACUUACGGGAAUCAUCAGUCGUACCCUAUAUUAUAACUUUUUGAACAUUGUCAAUUUUGUCAUUAUCCUGUACAAAUUGUAUAAUACGAUUGUAAAUCGACAGAUCUAAAGAACGAUCUACACUUGUACUAUUUAAUAGAAGACUGAGAUUUUUUUUAUUUUUUAAUCAUUUCCUACGUAGAGAGCUAUUGUGAUCUUGUGAUGGUGUAAAUUUUAGUUGUCAUUUGUGUGAUUUUUGUAUGUUUCCAAGUUAGUUUGUAUGUUCAGUUUGUAUACGACAUCUGUAUAUACUAGGAGGCUGCGUAGUGCAGUCAUGUUAUUUCAGCAAUACAUUUUAGUGUUCAAUAAAAUAAUCCUUAAAAUUUUAGUGUAUCACUGAAAGUAAGCGUUAUUUUAUAAUAUACUUAUAGUAAAAAGUAUUGCUUAAAUCGCAUAAUUAAACGCUUAUAUAAUUACUUAACAUCACAAUGUAAAAACGCGAUUUCACAAAUUAUGGUCACAUUUAUAUGAAUGUAAGGCCAAAGUAAUGAAACUUAGUAUUUGGAUUAUAAUUAUAGUAAUAUAUAAAAUGAGAGUCUGCAAAUGGAAGUAAACGCUUCAUCUUUGGUCAUUAGUACAGGGCGUUAAUGUUUUCCUUUGCCUAAAUUCAUUUGCAGCUUUUAUAAUUUGCCAGGAAAUUUUAUGAAAUGCACAAAUUGUUUAAAAUUUUAUCGGCACUUUAAUUAAGUUUUAUAUUAUUGUUUUAAUGUUCCUGGCAAUACCAGUGAAUUUGAAUUUUUAGAUGGUGGUUAUUAGGAGAAUGGUGGGGAUAUUGUUCCUAAAUAGGUUGUAGACAAAAUGGGGUUUCAUUUAAAUUAUACCGUUGAUUGUAGUGUCAAAAAGACAAUUGAAUUGUAUAAAUCACAUUGCAUGCAUUUCCUGUGUUUGCAAGUUGAACAUCAUUGUAUUUUCAACUAGCAAAAAAGACAGCAUUUUCGAUAUGUUUUUUUAAAUGAAUAUUGGCUUAGCUCAAUAAGAUGUACAUCAUACAGCACUGGUCGAAACCGCCUGGAAACCUUAUUUGUCGUGAAACAAUAGUAAAUGCGUAUGUAAACUUACUAAUUUUGAAAUUUCCAUUGUAAAAACGAAAUUGUCUAGGCUUUGUAAUCGUACACUUGUUUAUUUAUAAUGCUAAGGUACUAUUUAUUCAAUAAGAUUUGACCUUUGUGUCUAUAGAUAGAAGAUAUUCAAGUUAGUGUAUGAUGCAUACACUAAUUUUUUUUUUAUAAUGCUACACAUGUACUAAUAUAUUAUUUUAAUAUUUAACAUAAAUUUGCUCCUACAUACCACUGGAUUAUUAGCUGCAUUAAAGUUGCAGCCAAGCAUUUCUAUAAGAAGAUAAAAGGAAAACAUUAAAAUGUCUAUUGUCAAGUGACAGAACUGAAUAUUGCUGAAUUAUACGAAACUCAUUCAAUUUUUUAUUCGCAACUAUGGAAAAAAUUUACACACAAAAAAAAGUCUUACCGCCAUUUUUUUCGAUCCAUCGAGAAAAUUGACCAAUCAGAACAGUUUUUUUUGACAUCUUUCAAAUGACUUGUUUUGAUUGAUUCUCAGGAUCGGAUCGAGGAUUGGGAUUGGGAUCGUUUAUUAAAAUCUGUUAAUGGAGAAUAAGUUACAUCUGAAAAUGACCACAGCCUAUGGCAUUGUAAAUAAACGAGAUGUGUAUAAUAUAUAACAAAUAAACGCAAGUGCUGUGUAUAUUGUACGCUAAAUUAUUUAUGUAUAUAGAUGUAAGUAACAAAUAAGAUCUAUUUGAUAUCACUCGCGGGUAAUUUUCACAGACAGCUCUUACAGAGUACUUGUGGAAUUAUCGAUCUUGUAUUUAUAAAGAAAAUAAAAAGAUUCUUUAUAUGUU